GCCCUUAAACCCCACCCAGCACUGUCAAAUUGACGUAUGGUUUUCAGAGAUGAUAUGUCGGCUAAAGAGAAAAAUACGACAAUUUCAAUGUGUGAUUGUGUCGAUUUGGGGAAUUUAAGGGAUCCGAGUGUUGUCUAGGCACACUGCACCCACCUUAUAGUGGCCUAGGGCGCAGUUGUGACCGAAGAUUAUUCGCAUAGCCUAAUCGGCAGGGUAUUCGACGCCUAGUGUUCACCCAAAACAGGCAAAAUUUCGUCCCUACUUUUCACGAUGGGGUGCUGUGGUGGACCGGGCGGCCCAAGUGACGAAGACGAAAAAAUCAAGAAAGAAGCUAAUAAGAGGAUAGAAAAACAACUGCAGAAGGAUAAACAACUAUACAGAGCCACGCAUAGACUCCUGUUAUUAGGUGCCGGAGAAUCAGGGAAAUCGACAAUUGUCAAACAAAUGAGAAUUCUUCACGUGAAUGGCUUUGGACAAGAAGAACGGAAACAGAAGAUCGAAGACAUAAAAAAGAACAUAAGGGAUGCAAUACUGACCGUCACAGGAGCUAUGAGCUCUUUGAAUCCCCCAGUUCUAUUGGAAAAACCAGAAAACCAGAGCAGGGUUGAUUACAUGCAGGAGCGUGCCAGUCAGCCUGACUUUGAAUAUCCACCGGAAUUCUAUGAGCACACAGAGAUCCUCUGGAAGGACAAGGGAGUGCAGGCAUGUUACGAAAGGUCCAACGAGUACCAGCUCAUCGACUGUGCUCAGUAGUAAGUAUUUCUUCCUGUCGCGUUGUUAUUUUGUAGUCUCUUUCCAGAGAUGCACUGUUUCUCUGUAGAAAAAUGUUCAUCCUGUCACGUCGUAAUUCUGUAGUCUCUUCCCAGAGAUGCACUUUUUUCUUCAUUUUGUAUUUUGAUCACAUUAACAAACUUUUCCCCAAAAUU